GACUUUUAUCUGUUUUUGAUUUAAAGAUAAACCCAAAUAUAAAUAACAUUCUACAAGUUUAUUGAAUCAACUACAGUAUUCUCAUAUAUAAAAUGGCCUUUGUUUAUCAAGGUGAUUCCGAAUUAGAAACCAAGGCUAGAAAAGCUGCAGAAAGGAUUUCUGAGAACAUGCACAUAGUAGCAAAUGAGCCAUCGUUGGCACUUUAUAGACUCCAAGAACACGUAAGGAAAGCUCUACCUCCCAUGGUAGAAAGACGAGUUGAAGUAACUAAAUUACAGCAUGAGUUACAAGGAAGAUGUUAUGACGUUGAAUAUGCAUUGAGUGCUGUCAAAUCAAUGGAUGGUGCAGCAAACAGUUUCAAGAAUAUUCAAGAGAUGUUGAAACAAUCUAUAUAUCUUAAGCAACAAUUGAAGUAUGAGGAAAGUAGGAGAAAUAAAAAAGAUACCAGUUCUGUCUACAAACGUCUCUCUGCCCAUAUAGUUUUAGAUUUACCAGACUUGUCUGAUUUCUCUAUGGUUCGUGAAACCACUAAUAGAAUUGAAAACAUGAUGGCACAUGCCAGAGGUUCAAAUAAUGAGUUGCAAAGAUCACACACCACAUUACAUUAGAUUCUUCUAACUUAUAAAUUGGUUAAAAU